UAUAUACAUCCUUAUAUAUAGUUAUUUAUUUUCAAGGUGUACUUGAAUGUCACUCUCAUGCCCAUUAAUAGAACGAACAGUCAAUCAGAUUCACCUGGGAUUUAUUAUAUUGUCUAUUCAAUAUUUUACUGUUUUUCCUUUUUCAUUUCUCCGAAUAAAAAGAGACGUUUUUUACAAUCUUACCCGGUUCGCAAGUGGAUAAUGUCUCAACAUAGUGAUGAAGCUAUGCUGGUUCCUAGUAGUGAUAGUUUCUGGGAACCAGGAAACUAUAAAAGGACAACAAAACGAACAGAGGAUGGUUUCAAGCUGUGUAAUGAUUUAAUACAAUUAAUUAGUGAAAGAAGUGAAAUAGAGAAAAAUUAUGGUAAAUCAUUACGAGGAUGGGCCAAAAAAUGGAAUGAACAAAUUGAGAAAGGUCCAGAAUAUGGUACCAUGGAGGCAGCCUGGAAAGCUGUAAAUUCUGAAGCAGAGAGACGAUGUAAUAUUCAUUUACAAAUUAAGGACAAAUUAUUUGAUGAUGUUGUACCUCAAAUUAAACAAUGGCAGAAGGACAAUUACCAUAAAUCAAUGAUGCAUCUAAAGGAAAAGAAAGAUUUUGAUGAUGCCUUUAAAAAAGCUCAAAAAACAUGGGCUAAACAUUUCGAAAAAGUCAAUAAAGCCAAAAUAGAUUACCACUCAGCCUGUAAAAAUGAAAGAUCAGCUGUAAACUUAGAACGCAAUGCCUCCGGUGAUUCUUCUUUGUCUCCUGACCAGGUUAAGAAACUUCAGGAUCGUGUGAUAAAGUGUAAAGACGAAGUUCAAAAGACAAAGGAAAAAUAUGAACAAGCUCUUAAAGAAAUCAACGAAUACAAUGCAAAGUAUAUCGAAGAUAUGACCGUUGUAUUUGAUAAGUGCCAGGAAUUUGAACAUAAACGUCUUGAAUUUUUUAAAAAAAUGCUUUUCGCAAUCCAUGACUGCCUUAAUAUUUCCGCCAAUCCUGAAUUACCUUUAAUUUAUGAAGAAUAUAGACACACAAUACAAAACGCCGAUGCCUGUAAAGACCUCAGAUUAUGGUCAAAUAAUAACGGUGUUGGUAUGGCCAUGAAUUGGCCAAUAUUCGAGGAAUAUUGUGAAGAGUUUCGAGAUAUUAUUGGUAAACCGAGCAAAAAAAAUCCAAUCGCCGAGACUGGUAUUACUCUUGUGAAUCAACACAAAUUCAACGAGGAAUUGCCUGAAUAUGCAUCCAACUUAUCUGCAAAUAACAAGGAAAAGAAAUCAAAAGGAGAUUCAAAUGUUGAACACAAUAAUUUAACAAACGGUAACAACGAAGUGGCAGAUCAUAACAAUCAAAAUGAGAUAAACAACAAGGCAAAAAGCAUACAUAACGAUGAUACCGAAAUAGAUUCUCAUAUAAAUUCAAACGGGAAAACGGAAAACAACCCAUUCGAUGAUGAACGUGAAGAAUGGGAUGAUUAUUCAAAUGAUGUCUUGGUAGACAACGGAGAGCCUGGAGUACCUGUUAAAGCCUUAUAUGAUUAUGAAGGAGCUGAAGCUGAUGAAUUAUCUUUCAAACAAGGUGAUGUAUUCGAAAAACUAGAAGAUGAAGACGAACAAGGUUGGUGUAAAGGACGUAAAGAUGGACGAGUUGGACUCUAUCCAGCUAAUUAUGUUAAAUUACAUGUUUGUUAAACAAAUGGCACAAGUGAUCAUAUAUUUUGAGGAAGCAAAAAACCGCAAAAAACAUCGAUAUUUCUCUUAAGAUAGAACUGUUUUUCAUGUAUUUAUGAAUUAAAUAGAGUUUAUAAAAAGAGAAGAGAAGAGAAAAUUGUUUCAUUUGUUGUUAAAAAUGAAGACAAUUUUAACUUUGGAAAAAAUGAAACAAUCAGUUUUUUAUCAAAAAUUAUUCAACUGUUUUCCCUCUAAAAACCUGUAUUGAUAUUGUAAUUAACCUUAAUUACCUUAAUUAUAUUAACCCGCAAAAAUUAUACAUAUAUAAUUAUAUUCCUUACAAUCCACACUGAUUGUCACCUUCAAUUUUCCCGGUCCCUAGUAAAGUUAUAUUUAU